UCGAACCAGAAAAAGGUCGACGUUAGUUUUCGCUGCGAUAAUCAUUUUGUUAGCGUAAUUUUCGUUUCGUUGACAACAAGGUCAGUUACUAAUCGUUCAUCGACUACGCGAAUACGGUGAAUGUGAGAGUUUGUCAUUAUCGCGCAAUCGGAUCUAUUCCAGUGUUUACAAACGAUCGCAUUGGACUGUGCUGAGAAUGCAAGAUGGCCGAUGAGCAACAGCAACAGCAACAACAACAUCAACAGCUGCUGCAGGAGCUGAGUGAGAGUUUAGAGUGUCAGAUUUGCUUGAAGACGACAGAUGAUCCACAUCUCUGUCCAAAGUGCUCGAAAUUUUUCUGCUUCGGUUGCAUUCGUGACUGGAUCCAAAAGUCAGGCAAAGAUGCCUGUCCCAACUGUAUGGGCACGGUGUGUUUGGCGGAAUUCGUGAAAUUUCGCUGGGGUAGCGGAAUAGAAACGAUUAGAAACUUGGUGGUUAAACCGGAUACAGUAAAUGAGGCAGCGAAAAAUCUCGAUGCAACUCUGCGCAAAGCGCAGAAAACUUUUGGCAUUGUUUCGGAACGGAUCGAGCAUACUUUGGCUGAACGAAAGGAGGCUCUGAAGGUGGCCAGAGAUGGAUUGAUCAAAUCGAUUAACAUUUUGGUACAGCAGGAGUUUCGCGAGAUAAAUCAACAAUAUAAAGAUAAGCUGGCAGAAGUGGAUGCUUGGAACACAAUUUUAUCCAAAGAACUGAACAAAGUGGAGGUUAGUUUGUACUCCCUCCAGGAGAGCAUUUCCAAGGGUUGCUCACCCGAAAGCGAACAGCAGCUGGAGCUGCAAUGCCAAAUUCUAACCAAGAAGCUAGAUCUGCUAGGGCCAACAAUACCCGAACACAAGUUCUACUGUAAACUGAUGCCGGCACCAACCAGCUGGCGCUUCACGGUGCGUAACUUUGGCCAGGCACGAACCGCAAAUAAAAUCCAGUACUCGGACCUGGUGCGGGACGACCUGGGUAACACCUGGCGGCUAGAAAUCCAUCCGAACGGGUUUGACGACGCCCGGAACGUUAGCCUCAGUGUGUUCCUGCAGCUGUACGAGGGAGUUGAGGGAAGAUACCGUUACACCAUCGAGCUGCCGCACCGCACCCAGCCGCACUCGUACGAGGACGAGGAUCACUUCCAGCUUCGCAAGGGCUGGGGCCAGAACCACUUCGUGGAUCUGAAACUACUGUUCGACGAGUUUCUGGAGAAUGACUGCUUCGAGCUGCGCUUUUCUGUGCGUUCGCCAGAUCUGAUCGAAAAAUUUGCCUGUUUGCGCAAAUACGCCGAAAAAUUGGAACGCGAUAAUUCCACGCUGAGAGAGGAAUGUUCGGUAGACUGUGUCAAUGAAGUGUGCUGCAUUCGGAACGUCGCCGAGGCAUGCAACACCUCCGGGUGUCUUUAUUCGGACAACUUUCGAGAUGAUUUGGGCGGCUUCUGGAGGUUGCAGGUUUACCCCGGAGGAAAUGGUGACACUAAAGGAUUGUUUGUUGGUGUCUUUCUGGAACUCCUCGAAGGGAUACCGAAUGUAUAUGAAUUUUCGGUUGAUCUACUAAACGAAGCGUCCAAGAAAUCUGUGAAGAAAUCUUUGGAGCACAAUUUCCAGCCUUGGAUGCCGUUCGGUUGGAAGAACUUCAUCUCUCGUGAGGAUCUGCUGGCCGGAGGUUUCGUUAAAAAGGAUGCGCUCAUGUUUCGGUUAGCUGUGCGACCUCCCACCGUUGGUCAAAAGUUCAACUACCUUCGACAGUAUCACGACAAAGCCCUGAGGGAUCUCGCCCAGGCCCAGGCACAGCCGAAACCGUCAAACUCGCUGUUGAACAGCAAACCAUUCGAAGCACCGAUCAGCUUUUUCAAGAGAAUACUCCCGAGAACGCCGAGCCAAGAGCAAGCUUCCUCGAGUCAGGGCAGCCUACCGAAGUGAGCCCCACCAAAGCAAUUGCAUAGUAAAACACGU